AUGCCUGCACCAAAACUCACGGAGAAACCAGUCUCUUCCAAGAACGCACAGGAAGACACGAGUCCCACUUCCACCAAGGCCAAUGGCGCCGAGGCGGCGACCGAGCAGGUGUACGUGUACAAGGAGCCUAGCGCGGCCACGAAGAUGAUGUACUCCAUUGCCACGUGGCUGUUGUACAACAUCUUUCACUGCUUCUUCAGAGAAAUCAGAGGUCGGGGCAGCUUCAAAGUUCCGCAACAAGGGCCCUUGAUCUUUGUUGCCGCUCCGCAUGCGAACCAGUUCGUUGAUCCUGUCAUCCUGAUGGGUGAAGUGAAGAAAUCUGUCAACAGGCGUGUUUCCUUCUUGAUCGCGGAGAACUCGUUGAAGCAACCCGUCAUUGGCUUUCUGGCCAGCUUCUUCAUGGCCAUCGGCGUGGUCAGGCCCCAGGACAAUUUGAAGCCGGCAAAGGGCACCAUCCGUGUGGAUCCAACAGACUACAAGAGAGUCAUCGGCCGCGACACGCAUUUCUUGACCGAUUGUUUGCCCAAGGGGCUCAUCGGGUUACCCAAGUCUAUGGGAUUUGGGGAAAUCCAGUCCAUAGAGAGCGACACAAGUCUAACCCUGAGGAAAGAGUUCAAAAUGGUCAAACCCGAGGUCAAGAGCGCGCUACUCAACGGCACUACGUACAAAUUUGCCGCCAAAGUCGAUCAGUCUUGCGUUUACCACAGAGUCUUUGAGCAUCUGGCCCACAACAACUGCAUCGGGAUCUUCCCUGAAGGUGGGUCUCACGACAGGACAGACUUGUUGCCCUUGAAGGCGGGCGUGGCAAUCAUGGCUCUUGGCUGCAUGGAAAAGCACCCCGACGUCAACGUCAAAAUCGUCCCAUGCGGCAUGAACUAUUUCCAUCCGCACAAAUUCAGGUCCAGGGCGGUUGUGGAAUUUGGUGACCCCAUCGAAAUACCGAAAGAACUAAUCGCCAAGUACCACAACCCGGAAACCAACAGGGAGGCAGUGAAAGAGCUAUUGGACACCAUAUCCAAGGGUUUACAAUCCGUCACCGUUACAUGUUCCGAUUACGAAACUCUGAUGGUGGUCCAAACGAUAAGAAGACUGUACAUGACCCAGUUCAGCAGCAAACUGCCAUUGCCCCUGAUUGUGGAAAUGAACAGAAGAAUGGUAAAGGGCUACGAGUUUUACAGGAACGACCCCAAGAUAGUGGACUUGAGAAAGGACAUAAUGGCUUACAAUGCCGCGCUCAGACACUAUAAUCUCCCUGACCAUCAAGUGGAGGAGGCAAGGGUAAACUUCGCCAAAAACCUGGGACUUGUUUUCUUCAGAUUGAUUGGGCUCUGCAUCCUCUUUUCCCUAGCUAUGCCCGGUAUCAUUAUGUUUUCGCCCGUGUUCAUCUUAGCCAAGAGAAUUUCUCAGAAAAAAGCUCGUACCGCAUUAUCCAAGUCUACAGUGAAGAUAAAGGCCAACGACGUCAUUGCCACAUGGAAGAUAUUGAUCGGAAUGGGGUUCGCCCCCUUGCUCUACAUCUUUUGGUCCGUCUUAAUCACUUAUUAUCUCAGACAUCAACCGUGGAACAAGAUAUAUAUCUUUUCUGGGUCCUACAUCUCGUGUGUCAUAGUCACGUACUCCGCUUUGAUCGUGGGUGACAUUGGCAUGGACGGUUUCAAAUCUUUGAGACCACUAGUCUUAUCCCUGACUUCUCCAAAGGGCCUACAAAAACUGCAGAAGGAUCGUGCGAGCUUGGCAGAAAGAAUAAUUGAGGUCGUCAAUAACUUUGGAAGCGAGUUGUUCCCGGAUUUCGAUAGCGCCGCCCUACGCGAAGAAUUUGACGUUAUCGAUGAAGAAGAAGAAGACAGAAAGACCUCCGAGUUGAUUCGCAGGAAAAUGUUAAGAAAACAAAAAAUUAGAAGGCAAGAAAGAGACCCGUCAUUAUCCGCCACUGACGGACAUGUUAAUCACGAUGUUUACGAACAUCAUAAUCAGGACUCGGAUGGCGUUUCAUUGGUUAAUAGUGACAAUUCUCUCUCUAAUAUUCCACUGUUCUCCUCUACCUUCCAUCGUAAAUCAGAGUCCUCUUUGACUUCAACAUCUGUUGCACCUUCCUCUUCAUCAGAAUUCGAGCUAGAAGACGAAAGCUUGGAAGAGAAAAACGGGUUGGCAAGCAAAAUUGCACAAGCAGUCAUGAACAGAAGGAUUGGCGAAAAUGCCGCGAGGGAAGAAGAUGAAAGAGACGAAGACACGUAG